AUGCGCCCGUCUCGAAUCCAUUGCGUCAUCCCACGGUAUCUUGGAAAUAUAUCCGCUGCACUGCCUGUGACGGCCGGUGUGCGGCUCCCCGCGAAACGCAACUGUUUACGACCGUCUCUUCGAUCUGCAAACGCUCGGAAUUAUCACAUCGACCGUCCGUUCUCCGCCCGAAACAUAUUCAACUCGCCUUCACUCGCCCACAGACUACCACGAGAACUCCAUCCCCGUAUUGAUCGCGCGCAAAGCUCACUCGAACGAGUCACAACUGCCACCCCCGCAGCACUUUUCUCUACAACUUCCAACGCCAUGUCUUCCGACGAUGCCUACAUGUCCUUCCUGGACAAGGCCAAUUCCGAUCUCAAUGCUGGCCAGUCUCAGAAGCAAGGGACGAGCGAUACCGCCCGGACCGAGACGGUGGAUGCCAACACCAAAGUCCCUGCACCUCUGAAGUCCGUGGACGCAUACUACGUGUCGGAUGCCGAUGAGCCUUUCGAGCCUGUCGCCCUCCGCUGGGAGGGCGCAUCGAAGGGCGACUGGCCCAAUGCAGAACAAUUCUCGAGCCUGGUCUCCCCCGACACUGACCUUUCCAAGGCAAUUUCCACUCUCAGCCCAUCUUCAUUCGACCCGAAGAAUCAAUACAGCUCGGUGCUUCAUGCUGUACGCUCUGCGGCAGUUGAACAGGACACCGAUGCCGAUCAAUCAAAGGUCGAGGUCAAGGUCUACCGUGUCGAGCUGACCAGCACCAAGUUGGAGUACUGGGUGGUGGCGCUGGACGGAGCUGAGGGCCGUCUUGUAGGUCUUCGAGCCAAGUCGGUCGAGUCUUAA